AUGAUUAUAGAAGCAAUUGUGCAAUUUCUACUUUUAAGUACCUACAUUGAUAUUUUAGAAAUAAAUGCUUUUCUUUCUUUCAUAAAUAUCAACACUUCAAACAUACUUCGAAGGCUUACUUUUCUCACUAAUCCUUUUAUGGUAUUUGACUUGAUGUUUGGUAAUAAUAUUGGCUUUUUUUUAAAUCGUUGUGCAUGUCUUACAGGUCAAGAUUUGAACCUUUAA